AUGUCGACAUCCAAGGUCAAGGCUGGUCAGCUCUGGGGAAAGAGCAAGGAAGACCUUUCCAAGCAGCUCGAGGAGUUGAAGACCGAGCUCUCCCAGCUCCGUGUCCAGAAGAUCGCUGCCGGUGCCUCUUCAAAGACUCAGAGAAUCCACGACGUUCGCAAGUCGAUCGCUCGCGUUCUCACCGUCAUCAACGCCAACCAGCGCGCCCAGCUCCGUCUGUUCUACAAGAACAAGAAGUACACUCCUCUUGACCUCAGACCCCGCCUCACCCGUGCCCUCCGCCGCAGACUCACCAAGCACGAGGCUACCCUCAAGACGGAGAAGCAGCGCAAGAAGGAGAUCCACUUCCCCCAGCGGAAGUACGCCGUCAAGGUAUGA